CUUUAGCAAAGCGGAAGUGCGGCGCGUAGUGUUAGAUAUACACAACAACAAAAAAUAACAAUCCACCCCAUGCACCAUAAUCUACCCCGAGGAGCAGCUGUGCAACGCGCGUUCUAGUGAGAAAGUCAGCCUGCGAGUGAGGGUGGUUAACGCUGCGGAGUAAAAGCUCAUCAUCUAGGAUUUGCUAGGAUCGGUCGAACGGCGACGGUGGGACGGGGGCUGAUUUAAUCCUGAACCCAUCCCUUUUUGAACCAGUUUGUGCUGUUAGUGAACUGGAGUCAGGAAGCUCUAGCAGAUCCGGAAGAGAAAGUGCAUACAUACAUGUGUGUGCUGUCGGUUCGCUUGUUCGAGGAAGUUGAAGAUGGAUGCGUUCAUCCAGAGGCACGGUGAUAAGAACGGCUCGAUUCGGUUGUAAUCCGUUCGGCGAAAGUGCUUCUGUUCCAAGAGGAUAGUAAUAUUGAAUUCUAUUCUCGAACCAAGCACUUCUCUCGUGUUGUUUGCUGUCAAUGCUAAUGGUUCGAUGCGUGGAAUGGAUGGUAGAAGGAUAACUGCGUUGACACAGAAAAUCGGAUAAAAGAGGGUGGUUUUAUGAUCCUUGCUGCGAAAAUCAGAUACACCAUAGUGAUAGAAAUAUUUCGGGCUUCGUCAAUCUUAGUAGCUACAAAGCAAAGAUUAAUGAGUUGUUUGAUGCAAUUGAAUUCGAUAAAUUUCUAGACUUCAAAAGCUUCUUACAAAUCACGCUACAAAUGUUGUUUGCGCAUUUUGUACAACCACAACGCAUAGUGAAAAGUAUCCUCGUAGGCCGCCCCGUAGAGUAACGGAAAACGUUCAGUUUACUAAAUAUAGUCAAGUACAAUCAUAGCAACAAUGAUGGAUCGAUUGUAUUAGUGUGGUUUCUCGCCCUUCGAGGGUUGUCCUGACUACUCGCUUAUUGAAAACGCAUGAAGGUUUCCUCGUUUAUUCGUUCUCCGGAGCUCCACUGCUUCCUACACUUCUGGUAAACGAGAACUUAGUAUCGUAAAAGGAAAAGUGUGAAAAGUAGCUGCUUGUUGCUUUUUCGACCAGCUGUACAAUAAAUUUAAAAAAUUCAUAGAACUAGAUUCAUAGUGGUCAGCAUCGUUUACUGGUGAUAGCAAACAGAAGCAGAAAUGAAAAUCAAUAUCGUUAUACAAUCGUAAAGUGAUAAUUAAAUCUAAUAUUUCUCACCACAAUUUCGCAUGUUCGCGUAGUUCAUUCCGAUAAAUCUCGAUAGAUUAACCAAACCGCAAAAUGUACGGAUUCGUGAACUAUGCGCUGGAGCUGCUAGUACUGAAAAACUUUGGAUUAAACACAUGGGAUCAAAUAAAGAAAAAGGCUCAGGUCAACAUGGAAGGCCAAUUUCUCGUUCGCCAAAUUUACGAAGACGACAUCACGUACAAUUUGAUAGAAGCCGCAGUAGACAUCCUAAACAUACCCGCUGGAGACAUUUUAGAGUUAUUUGGUAAAACAUUUUUCGAGUUUUGUCAGGAUUCCGGCUACGACAAGAUUUUGCAAGUACUUGGGGCUACACCCCGAGAUUUUCUUCAGAAUCUCGAUGCCCUACAUGACCACCUUGGCACACUGUACCCGGGAAUGCGUGCUCCCUCCUUUCGCUGUACUGAAACGGACGGUCAGCUGGUCUUGCACUACUAUUCCGAACGUCCCGGUCUAGAACAUAUAGUAAUAGGAAUAGUGAAAGCCGUUGCAUCCAAACUACAUGGUGUUGAUGUAGAGUGUAAAAUUAUCAGACGAAAAGGUGAUAUUAUCGAGGCGACAGCACCAAAGACGGAUGACAAAACCAAACCUGUUCCAUUCCCGGCCACGAAAGUUGAUAAAUCAGUUCCUGUUAUCACGUCAGCCGAGCUUGCUGUGCCUGAAUUAGCAAAUCUAGGUUUAUGCAAACGAAUAUUGAUGUCUAAAACGUAUGGAGAAUCUUAUCUAUCGAAUAGACUGAAUAAUUUAGCAACCUCUAGAAGCUCGACAACGCUUGCAAACCGAUCCGAAACUACGUUUUGCAAUGGCAAUAAACCUAGCUUAAGUAGUAGUCAGAACGGAAGCAAUAGUAGACUAUAUUUCGAAGAUAGCCAAAAGACCACUAGUAGUAACGAUAUUAAUAAUUGUGAUAGCAAUCAGUCCCAGACGACAAAAAGGAAUCCCGAUAGCACUAGGCAUGUGGAACGGUCCGAUCACAUACAAUUUCUGAUCACAGAAAUUUCGGGACCCAAGACACCAACGCGAAGAAGUGAAGAAAAGGAGCAACAGACAGAUUUCCAGUUGGUGGCGAAAGAACCAAUGAUCUCUCCAACGACGUUCUGCAAGGCAUUUCCAUUUCACCUUAUGUUUAACCGGGACCUAAUAAUCGUACAAGCGGGUAAAUCGGUGUCCCGAGUGAUACCGAAAAUCUCAGAAACAAACUGCCCUUUGCUGACGAUUUUCGAGGCAAUUCGACCCCAUCUGCAAUUGAGUUUUGGGAAUAUUCUGGCACACAUUAAUACUAUAUACGUACUCAAAACCAAAGCAGGUGUAAUGUCUAUCAGUGAGCGAUAUCUGAGAUUAAAGGGGCAAAUGAUGUACAUCCCGGAAUCGGAUCUCAUCCUGUUCCAAUGUUACCCCAGUGUAAUGAAUCUAGAUGAUCUGACCAAAAAAGGACUGCACAUCUCGGACAUUCCCCUGCACGACGCCUCGCGCGAUUUAGUACUGCUGUCCGAAAAAUUUGAAGCUGAAUAUAAACUUACGACCAACCUGGAGAUCCUUACGGAUCGACUUCAACAGACAUACCGCGACUUGGAGAGCGAAAAACAAAAAACGGAUCGGCUUUUGUAUUCGGUUCUACCCAAAACAGUAGCCAACGAGUUGCGACACCAACGGCCGGUUCCACCGAAACGAUACGACAGCGUAACGCUGAUGUUCUCCGGUGUCGUGGGUUUCGGUCAGUACUGUGCCGCCAAUACGGACGCCGAGGGUGCUAUGAAGAUUGUCAAGAUGCUCAAUGAACUGUACACUAUAUUCGACGAGUUGACGGAUUCGAAGAGUAACUCAAACAUCUACAAAGUGGAAACGGUGGGCGAUAAAUAUAUGGCAGUCUCGGGACUUCCAGAUGAGUGUGAGAACCAUGCCAAAUGUAUAGCGCGACUUGCGUUGGAUAUGAUGGAUAUGGCGAGAAAUGUGAAGAUGGGAUCCGAAUCACUGAAAAUUACUAUUGGAAUUCACUCAGGUGAAGUAGUGACGGGUGUAAUUGGUAAUCGAAUGCCUCGCUUCUGCUUAUUCGGUAAUACGGUAAACCUAACGAGUCGAACGGAAACAACAGGCGUUCACGGACGGAUCAACAUUAGUGAUUCAACAUACAAACUACUUUGCGAGCCGGUCAACCAGGAUCCAUCCUUUCAUUUGGAAUAUCGUGGUCCAGUCGUAAUGAAGGGAAAACCGGAACCGAUGGAUUGCUGGUUCCUCAAUAGGAAAAAAACUGACAGCAAUGGUCAGCCACCACCUGCGGCGGCAAUUGCUAAGAAAUAAGGAUUUGAUAAGCCCAAACGCUCGCAAGCACUUGGUUAUCCAGAUUAACUUAUGACAGUGAUUUGGCAUAAUAUCUGCUACAAUAUUCUAAUACACUAAUCAUACACACAACAUAACUAAGCAAGUUAAAUAGGCAAAGUUAUCAAUACUCGCUUCCACAAGAAAAAAACACUUGUAGAUGAAAUCAAAAAUAGAUUCUGUAGAGUAGAUCAAUACUAGCUAAAUGAUAACAAAAAAAAACUAGCGAAUAUUUGUACAAAGCUGAAAUGGUAACUGUACAAAACUAACAGAAUCACAAAAAAUAUUUAUCGUAUAACAGAUAACAAUACGAAAUCACGAUUGUCUAAAGACCAAAGUCGUCAACCUAACGCUUCAUAAUAUUGAAUAGAUGUUGCAACUUCAUAAAAAAAAACUAUAAAUACGGAGGCUUUAGAAUAACAUUCAGUGCAAUCAUGUAGAUCAAAUCUUGAAAUCAGAUUUAAGCAUACUCUCAAAGGGGCUGUUUUUUAUUAUCAUGUAGAAUAAAUACAAUGUUGGUUUUCUUGAAUAUUAUUUUUGGAUGUAUCUGUUGUAUUGUUGUAUAUUCGACUUUGUAAAACUCAUUCAGAUGAAUAUUGUGAGACCACACCUUUCAUUCUCCGGUGAGCUAUGAUUUCAUACAAAACAUUUGAACCUGAGCAUCUGGAACAACUACCGCCAAAAACUAUGGAAAAUAAUAAUUUUGUGUGUUCUGGUAAAAAUGAAUGACAAACUGAAGCCAACUCAAGUUGAAUACAAAAGCCAAAUAGGAAUACACUAGCGAGCUAAAACAUAAA